AUGGGCCGGACUUCUCGCUGGAAGGUCCGCAGGGGCCGCAGGAAGCCCCGGGGCCGCUCGUUAACUGCUGCUGCUGUUUUGCUGCAGAAUGAGCAGCAGCAAAAGAAGAAGUACAACUUGCCCCCCACGGGCAGCCAGCUGAAGAAGAAUGCUGAGCCCCGGCAGCAGCAGCAGCAGCAGCAGCAGCAGCAGCAGCAGCAGCAGGGAAGGCCCCGCAAGCAGCAGAAGCUGCAGCAGCAAAAACAGCAGCAGCAGCAGCAGCAGCAGCAGGCCGAGAAGCUCCCCAGAGGCAUCCGGAGGAAGCUUCGUCUGAUGCAGCAGAGAAAAGAAUUGCAGGAGCAGCAGCAGCGGAAGCAGCAGCAGCAAGAGCAGCAGCAGCAAGAGCAGCAGCAAGAGCAAAAGCAGGAGCAGCAAGAGCAAGAGCAGCAACCGCAAAAGCAGCAGCAGCAAAAGCAGCAGCAGAAAAAACAGCAGCAGCAAAAGCAGCAGCAGCAAAAGCAGCAGCAAGCCAAAAGCAGCAGCAAAUCAUCAGACCGCUCGACGGCGGCAGCAGGCGCUAGGGCGACAAACACAAGAGUGGAAGCAGCAGCAGCAGCUCUUGCUGCAGAAGGGAAGGCCUCUUCGGAAGUGCAGCAGGAAGGUGCAGCAGCAGCAGCAGCUGCUGCUGCUCCCACCUAUCAGCAGCAGGUGUUAGAGGCCUACCAGCUCGUGAAGAAGCGCCGCAGGGCGGCGGAGAAGGAGCAGCAGCUGCAGCAGCAGCAGCGGAAGAAGCUGCAGCAGGAGAGAGAGGACAGAUACCGAAAGGGCCGCCGCUGGAAAGAAGCAGAGAGCAGCAGCAGCAGCAGCAGCAGCAGCAGCAAGCCCUGGUCCUUCGACAAGUCUCUUCUUUACAGGGACGACUGGGUUUUCAAGCACGGCAGAAACGACAGGGACUGA